AUGAUGCGUCAUAUAUUAUAUUUGGUUGCUCUUCUACAACGCGAGGCUAUGAACUCUAACUGGAAUCUGGAUGAAGGACAUGAGGAAGACGAGGAUGAGCCUAGCAACUGUGACGAUGGGGAUGAAGAUGAAGAUGAAGAUAACUAUGGUGAUGGAGCUGACGAGGAAUAUAUCAACGAGUACGACCGAGUCGAGACUGAGAAUAAUUCCAACGAAAACGGUAAAUAUUGCGAUACGAACUAUGGUGAAGAUGAGUUAUCUGAAGAUUCGGCGUUCUCUCUUCCAUCUGGUCUUUGGUUGCACUCAUCUAAGGCCAUUUUUCAACUUUCGAUGAUGUUCUGGACGUACCAGAAACCUACCGGAGAUAUGUCUGCAUCUACCAUUAUUCACUACACAGCUGUCUUAGGGAUCCAGGGACUGUCCCUACUGCACCAAGGAUAG